GUUUAAUCUCUGUGUCAUUUUCACUUUAAUUUCAGAGGAAGGAUUACGAUUAUUAUUACGAUAACAUGUGGGGUGUAUAAAUAAAAGAAAAUAUAGUUGAGCCCGCAACAGUUCACAUUGAUAGUGUAUUGACUAGUGAAACGUUAUGUGCAUUAACCGCUGUUUAGUUUUGCAUUUGUUUACGUAAAGUUCAUUCAAGAUGAUCGAAGGGUACGGUGCCGUGACCCAGGCCCUCCUGGGGACGCUGUUUACGUGGGGGCUGACUGCGGCGGGCGCCGGCUGUGUUUUCUUCAUCAGGGGGAAACAGAGGAAACUUCUGGAUGUGUCCCUGGGUUUUGCGGCCGGUGUGAUGACGGCGGCAUCGUACUGGUCGCUGCUGCAGCCGGCUAUACAGAUGUGUGAAGACUCUGCGCUGUACGGGCGGUUAUCAUUUUUGCCAGUGGCCGCUGGUUUCUUGGUCGGGGCCGUGUUUGUGUUCUGCACUGACCGGUUCCUGGACUACUUGGGAAUAAGUUCCACAAAUAUGAUGAUUUCGAUAACCAAAAGCAAAGAGUCCAAAGAGAAGCUAGAAGACUUAGAGAUGAUGACGGCUCUGAACCGGAGGGCGUCCAACCCUACCAGCGUGGUGACGCUGGACGGCGCGCCGCCCGCCGACUUCUCCGACUGCAUCAGCAACCAGCACUCGGCGCAGCGGAGGCGAGGGCACCACCAGUCACAUACGAAAAUAUCCGAAAACGGCGGCGGUGAGGGUGACCGCAAAGACAGUGCGACGCGAUCGCUCGAGGCUCGACAGUCACAGUGGAAGCGGAUCAUGCUAUUAGUGGUGGCCAUCACAGUACAUAAUAUACCCGAGGGAUUAGCUGUGGGCGUGUCGUUUGGAGCCGCGGCGUCGUCAGCCAAGUCCACCUUCCAUAGCGCCAGAAACCUGGCGUUCGGCAUCGGCAUCCAGAACUUCCCCGAGGGGCUGGCGGUCAGUCUGCCGCUGCAGGCCGCCGGCUUCUCCGUGUGGAGAGCUUUCUGGUACGGCCAGCUAUCAGGCAUGGUGGAGCCAGUGUUCGGGGUGCUGGGCGCGGUGGCGGUGGCGGCGGCCGAGCCCGCGCUGCCCUACGCGCUGGCCUUCGCAGCCGGAGCCAUGAUAUACGUCGUGGCUGAUGAUAUCAUACCGGAGGCUAAUGCUUCAGGCAACGGCAAGCUGGCCACGUGGGGCUGCAUCAUCGGCUUCGUGGUCAUGAUGUGCCUGGACGUGGGGCUCGGCUAACCACCCCCUGCCCCCCGCGCCCCUCACCACGUGCCUUCACCCCCGCGACCACUGCUGUCACACAUGGUAUAGGUUACUCUUACUUGACGAUUUAAGGUCGUCCACCUUUGGGAAUCGCACCUAAAGAACGCAUUCAGUAUUCUUUGUAUAGAAAUUCACACAACUGCGUCAACUUCAUCGGCAUUGCCGAUGCCGUUUCUCCAUAAAUUUAAAAAAAUCCGUUUGGUCCGAUACGUACGAUAUCGAUAGGUGGAUGCUUACCUUUAGAGAGCUGGUUCAAUGCUACGAGCC